UUCCAUUGCUCUGCAACCGACAGAGUAAUAGAGGGAGAGGGAGAAGGAGAAGGAGAAGGAGAAGGAGAAGGAGAAGAAGAAGAGAGAGUAUCGUACUGCAGACUGGCCGCCGGUGAACUUCUCUCUCCGGCGUUUGUUUUGAGGUCCGAUUUUUCUUCAAUGCCCACCUCUAUAUCCUUGUUAUCAUCAUCAUUUUCUUCUUCUGCUUCUUUUGCCUUUUUAUCCUCUCUGCUUGCUUUGUUCCCACGGCAUACUUUUUCGCUUUGAUACGCACUCCCACGGAGGAAAAAGGUCGAUUCGAUCUCGUUUAGGGCUUAUAUGUUGUGUUGGUGUUUUUCUUGAUCUAUUGAUUUCUCGAGAGCUCUGGAGGACGUUAAAGGAACCCUACCGUUCCUUCGAACGUGUUUUUUUCCCAUUUUGGUAGAUCGAUUUGGUUUGAAGUGGAGGAAGAAAAAGAAAAACGGGGUUUAUAGGGUGAAUAUGCUUUGGUUGAUGAGAUUAUCCGGGUUUUUCUCCGCCGCAAUGGUGAUGAUUGUGCUUGCUCCGGCUUUACAAUCAUUUCCUCCGGCUGAAGCCAUUCGAUCUUCUCAUCUCGAUUUUUACCUUCGUUUGCCUGUUGAUACUGCCUUUUCCAGAUCGUUGAACAGAUUCUCCUUCCGAAAGGCAUCUACAUUUCGCAAUGCGGCUCAAUGCGGAGGCGGUGAUCCGAAAUUUUCUGGGAAGUUUGGUGUGUGCGAUCCGAAUUUGGUACACGUUGCCAUUACGCUUGAUGUGGAGUACCUUCGUGGCUCAGUUGCGGCCGUCAAUUCGAUUCUUCGAAACUCGCUAUGUCCAGAGAGUGUUUUCUUUCAUUUCCUCGUUUCGGAUACCAAUCUCGAGGACUUCGUUCGAUCCACCUUCCCUCAGUUGAAUUUCAAAGUGUACUAUUUUGAUCCGGAGAUUGUCCGUAAUCUGAUCUCCACUUCGGUCAGGCAAGCGCUGGAGCAGCCGCUUAAUUAUGCUAGAAAUUACUUGGCUGGGUUGCUGGAGUCUUGUGUGAAGAAGGUAAUUUACCUGGAUUCUGAUCUUAUUGUGGUGGAUGAUAUCCGAAAGCUAUGGACGACGAGUUUGGGUGAGUGGACAAUCGGGGCUCCUGAGUAUUGUCAUGCCAAUUUCAGCAAGUAUUUCACAGCACGUUUCUGGUCUGAUGAGAGAUUUUCCGGCACAUUUGCUGGAAGAAAACCCUGUUAUUUCAACACCGGCGUUAUGGUCAUAGAUUUGGUUAAGUGGAGGAAUGGUGGGUACACGGAGAAGAUUGAAUGGUGGAUGAAGCUUCAGAAGAGUAAUCGCAUCUAUGAACUUGGGUCACUGCCGCCAUUCCUGUUGGUUUUCGCCGGAAACGUGGCGACCAUCGAGCACCGGUGGAACCAGCAUGGUUUAGGAGGUGAUAACGUUAGAGGCAGUUGCCGUGACCUCCACCCGGGUCCGACAAGCCUCUUGCAUUGGUCCGGCAGUGGGAAGCCAUGGUUGAGGUUGGACUCCAAACAACCAUGCCCACUAGACGUUCUAUGGUCACCAUACGACUUGUACGGAUACUCCUGGUGAUAUCUCAGAUCAUAUAUGAUGUCGCUGGUAAAUUUCCCCGCAGGACCUUUUUGACGCUUUUCUUGAUAAAAUUUUCAAUUUUAGUCCUAUUUUUCGGUGUUUUUCCGUCUCUUUCCAGUUAGUUUGUGCUUCUUCUUCUAACUCCAUCUUCCAGGCGAUGUGUAUCCUAUUUUACGAUUUUUCCUGGGUCUGAAAAUAAAAAGGGAAAAAACGGGCUAUUCGAUUUGUUUGUACAGACUUUACAUUCUUUUAUGAAUGGAUACUUGAUGGUGGUUUUCCAUGUAUUAAAAUUUUCGAUCAAACAA